AAGGCGCUCUUUUUUUGUCUUUUUCUUUCCCUUCCUCACCGAACGAGGUUGCUCUCUAUGGUCUCCGGAGGCUUUGUAGCUCUAUCUCUAUGGCAUCGGCUGCCGCGUCCUUGCGGUUGGCGGGCGGGGGGCGGCUUCCGUAGCCCCCCCCCCGUGCCGGCCGCGGGGCCCUGCGAGGAUGCCCGUCGGCGAGUACGCUUUCGUGAGGGCCGUGGGGAAGGGCAGCUACGGGGAAGUGAGCCUGGUGAGGCACCGGCAGGACAACAAACAGUAUGUUAUCAAAAGGCUGAACCUUAAACAUGCCUCGAGUCGUGAGAGAAAAUCAGCAGAACAAGAGGCCCAGCUGCUGUCUCAGCUAAAGCAUCCUAAUAUAGUCACCUAUAGGGAGUCCUGGGAAGGCGAAGAUGGCCUCCUGUACAUUGUCAUGGGCUUUUGUGAAGGAGGGGACCUAUAUCAUAAGCUGAAAGAACAGAAAGGAAAGCUUUUGCCUGAAAGUCAGGUGGUGGAAUGGUUUGUUCAGAUUGCUAUGGCUUUGCAGUAUUUGCACGAAAGGCAUAUUCUGCACAGAGAUCUCAAAACUCAGAAUGUAUUCCUGACACGUUCAAAUAUCAUCAAAGUGGGAGAUCUGGGAAUAGCUAGAGUGUUGGAAAAUCAGUAUGACAUGGCUAGUACUCUCAUUGGCACACCUUACUACAUGAGCCCUGAGCUGUUCUCUAACAAGCCUUACAAUUAUAAGUCUGAUGUUUGGGCUUUGGGCUGUUGUGCCUAUGAAAUGGCCACACUGAAGCACGCCUUCAACGCUAAAGAUAUGAACUCCUUAGUAUAUCGAAUUAUUGAAGGAAAGUGUAGAAUCCCUGGGAUAUCCUCAAGCACCACAUGUGCACUGCCACCCAUGCCAAAAGAUUACAGCAUGCACUUGAAAGAGCUAAUAAGAACGAUGCUUAGUAAAAAGCCAGAGGAGAGGCCCAGUGUGAGAAGCAUCCUAAGGCAACCCUACAUCAAGCACCAAAUCUCUCUGUUUUUGGAAGCUACAAAGGCGAAAACAGCCAAAAAUCAUAAGAAAAUGUCUGAAGUCAAACCCCAGAGCUCCUCAGGAAAUGCUGAAUUGAAAAAUGGAAAUGUAACACCCCAGAAGCUUCCCAAUGAACAUUCCAGGAAAUCUAAAAGGAAUGAAGAGAAAUGUUUAAUCCAUAAUAAAACCUUUCAGGUUUCUUCCUCGAACAAACAGGCAGCCGAGCCUGAAAAAAGCGUGAACACAAAUGGGUUGAACAGCGCGGACAUGUCAGUGGCAACAAUGAGCAAAGUGGACAUAGUUAUUGUUCCGUUGGAAAAGAGGAACUCUGAAAGCAAACAGCCACUUGCAGGAACGUUCACGGGGGAUAAAAAGCCCCGUGGUUCAAGUAUUCCUAGUGAAGCAGAGUCUGAAAUAGGAAUAAACGCACCACAGUUUAAGGAAGAAAGGUUGCAGAGCAUUACAAAUCCAUGUCUGGAAACUGUAGCUAUUAAAAAGGGUGUUAUUGAUACUACAGCUGAUGGUGAUGAUACCAUGAAACUUCUGCAACCUGUUUCAGAGAUCCCAGACACGAGUGAUAAAAGUCUGGAUUCUACUGACAAACUUCUAGUACCAUUUGUGCCUGUAGAAGUUCUGGCUGAAGCCCCCUUCAGAAGUUUGGAAGGAGCUAACAAUGCAGUUCAAAAUGAAAGCACCCCCCGUUUUCAGCCCCAGGGAUCAGUUCACGAGCCUUCCCUGUCACGACAGCAACGGCAGAAAAAAAGAGAGCAAUUUGAGGAUACAGGUCCUCAACCAUCGCCUGCUGCUCCUGACAUGAAUGCAAAGACAAGAGGAGACAACACAGACAAGCAGGAUGCUGCAGUUACAAGGGCUAUAAACAGAUCUGGAAGCACCGAAGUGGCAGUUUCUAAGGAUCGACCAUUGUCGGCACGAGAGAGGAGGAGACUAAAGCAAUCUCAGGAAGACAUGCUUCCUUUCGUAAGAGCUUCUCACAGUGCAGCCGUAGAAACAAAACUUCCAGAAGAUGAUCAUGUCCAAAUUGCUCACUUUCCCUCAGAGCUUGGAGUCUGUGAGACAAAGAGCUUAAUUGGUUGCUCUACUGAAGAUGAACUAAGCUCUUCCACCAGCUCCACAGAGAGAUCAGAUGGAGACAGUAAAGAAGGAAAAACAAAUGAGAUGCAUGACUUGGUGCAGCUAAUGACCCAAACGCUGAAAAUGGAUAAUAAAGAAAAUUGUUCACAAUCUGCAAUACUAGCUCCCGAAUCGCAGUUCCGGCUUAAUAGGAAAUACAAAGACACCCUUAAAUUACAUGGAAAAGCACCAGAAGAACCAGAUGAAUUCCAGUUGCAGGAGUUUCCUUCAGAUGUUCUCUCUGGUCAUGAAAAGGUUAGGAGAUUGGUAGAGAUCUUAAGAGCAGAUGUGGUUCAAGGACUUGGAGUGAAGCUUCUAGAGAAGGUGUAUGAUGUCAUGGAUGAGGAAGAUGAACAGAAAAGAGAACUGCAUUUGCGGAAGCUCAUGGGAGAAAAGUAUACUUCUUACAGCAUAAAGGCCCGCCACUUAAAAUUCUUGGAAGAAAAUGUGAAGCUUUGACAGAAACCGCAACUAUUUCUUUAUGAAGAAAAGAGCAAGACUUUAUUCAACAAUUGUUACCCCAGUGGAUUUUUAUUUUCCUGUACACAACUGAUUUGUGGGGUACAAUUUUUACUUUACUGAUUUGUUACCUGCUGUAGAGCUUGUUUAGCUUUACAAAUAGCAACAUGUUUCUUCCAGGUAAGUGAGUAACAAUGUUUAGGGAUUUUUUUUUUACAGGUAGUACAUCUUAAUAUUUUUUUAAUUUUUUACAUAUU